CCCUAAAUCAGUUACCAUGAUCCGUCAGUUGUUGUUGCUUGUUCCGAUUACUGUGGUCUUUGCCCAAGAUCUGGGAUCCCUGCGCAUUAUGAAUGGCACCAAUGCCGUUGAAGAGCAGUUUCCCUACGAGGCUGGUCUUCUCUGUUACUUCGCAGGUUCCCCGGACAACCCCAGCCUGUGCGGGGGAGCUAUUCUUAGCAAUCGAUGGAUACUGACAGCCGCCCAUUGCCUUCAGGAUCCCGAUGCUAAUCUAACGGAGAUUCGAGUAAAAGUGGGCGGCCUCGAAGCUCCCAGUGACGACGACAUCUUGGUUAAUGGAACCGACACCAUCGUGCACAAGAAUUUUAACCGUAAAACAGUCUUUAACGACCUGGGCCUCAUCAGGCUGCCCACGAACCUCACGUUCAGCAAAAAUGUACAGCCGGUUAAGUUGCCCAGUUCAUACAGAACCUAUACCGGCCGUGCAGUUUUUAUUUCUGGCUGGGGCCUGACCGACAAUAAAACGGCAAGCGAAGCGCUUCAAUACGUCCGCACGAACAUUGUCUCGAACAGGCAGUGCCAAGUACAGUGGAACAAGGCGCUCAAGGGAAAAAAGAAGGUCGUGUCUCGAUCGUUUGUUUGCGUUGAUACCAAAUACGGGAUGCCUUGUCAGGGGGAUUCGGGCAGCCCCAUGGUUCUGGCCGAUGGCUCCAAAACGCUGGUGGGAAUCGUGUCCCAUGGCCUCGACCCGGCGUGCAAACGGAAGGUGCCAGACAUCUCCAUGCGCGUGUCAUCCUUCCUCAAGUGGAUAAAUCAACAGACUGGAGGUCUCAAAUGAAAAUGAUACCACAUACAGAUAUGAUACUGUUAAUCUCAAACCAUUAAAAAGGAAGCUUAUUUUCAAA